AUGAACUUGCUAGCCGUUGUGAUCGUAUUUGUUGAGAUCGAGCAACUUUACUGUUCAGAUCGACUACGCACGCAAGAAUUCCAACGCUAUGAUGGCUGGAACAAUAAUCGUGGAAAUCCCGGCUGGGGAAGUGUGGGUAGCCGACUGCUCAGAGAUUCUCCUGCUAACUACGAGGAUGGAAGGAACAAGAUGAAUCUCUCCCUACCGUCAGCACGCGUCAUUUCUGAACUCGUUUUUAAAGGUGCUUUUUUAACCUCCAUUGUAUCUGUUCUUUUUAACAAUAUACAAAUGCAUGAAGGAUAA